AUGACUGGUCAAGGAAACGAGAAACCCAGUGAUGCAACAUUCCUGACAACCGAUCCACCAUACAUGCUCCGACGCAUCAUUGUCGGAUCCAGAGAGCAGUUCCAGGACUUGCUGGCGUGUUUCACUUCGAAUUCUAUUCGCCUGAUCAACAAGGUUUUCGAUUUGAAGAUUCAAAAGAAGCAUACGAGUAUUUUUGGAGCUCUUCCAGUAUGGGAAAUAUUGUUAUUCGCGUUUGACACAAAUGAAGAGAAUCUACGCAUACGCAUUCUACUCACUUGA